GUUCUUUUAUAUAUCCUAUGUCUGCCUUCUAAUCGCUAAGAAGCCAGACUAUUAUUUUAACUUUUCUUUUAGUUGUAUUCAGGGCUAGCUAGAGCGUGUUGGGCGUUGCGAGGAAUUAAAUAUUUCUGCUUUGCAGCUCACUUGGACGCUGUUUCUGAGCAAUGGAGACGAAGAUGAUCAAGAUUAAAUUUGGAGAUACUCUCAAGCGUAUGAAAGUAGAUUAUGAUUUCUACGGACAAGUGGAACUUGAUAUGACUGAAUUGAGGGAAAAGAUCCAUCGUAUGUUUAAUAUCCCUGCUGAUGCUGACUUUAUCUUGACAUAUGUUGACGAAGAUGGUGAUGUCGUAACACUUACUGAUGAUGAUGAUCUGUCUAAUGCGUUUAGACAGUGCAUGAAAGUAGUGAAGAUCAAUGUCCAACUGAGCAACAACAAAUUAGGUGUUGACUCCUAUGCUCAAUCUGGUGGAAGCAGCAUUUCUACCCAACGUCCUACUUCUCUUCAAACCCAGCAUCCAUAUCCGAAGAUCAAAACCGGUGUUGUUACUGAGGUUUCAAAAUCUGUGCUGCAACAGCUCCGGGAAGCACUUCUGCUACAUGAAGCAGUUUCAAAGAUUUCGGAGGAUAUAAUUUCUACAGCAGUCUCUGAUCCAGUGCUUGUUGAUUUAAUAUCAAAGACCACACAGACCUACCUCAAUUAUCUGGAUUCACAAACACAUUCUCGUAUGGAUUCAACAACGCAGAAUGUUGAUCAUGACGAGGGGGACGAAGGUGGGUGCCAAUGAACCGUGCAAGAGUUUGGUUUUACGCUAGCUGACAGAAAACAACAAAUCCAAUGAAUAUCAAGCUGCGUACGUGCUGUAAUAGAUCUCACAGUGGGAAGAAGGAUUAAGUUCAAGGCCCUUGGGCCUUUACCAUAUGGUAUAUUACCAUUACUAUUAUAAGUUAAUGCACUAUAUAUAUAUAUAUAUAUAUAUAGUAGAAACUUGGUGUUUGUAAUUAUGUAAUGAUUUGCUUUUUCUCAA